CGUAGAACAGUCUAGACUCCCCAAUCCCUCCUUUAUUAGCUCCCCAAUCCUUUCACAUUUCUCUCGCAAGACUCGAUCAAAUCUGCAAAGUUUUCAUCAAAAGCUCUCAAAGCUCUCUUAUAGCGUUGUUUCAUACUCUGCCUUUUGAUUUUAACUGAAGGAAGACGGAUAUGGCCGGAAAAGGUGAAGGACCUGCGAUCGGAAUCGAUCUCGGAACGACGUACUCCUGCGUCGGAGUGUGGCAGCACGACCGUGUCGAGAUCAUAGCCAAUGACCAAGGCAACCGGACGACGCCAUCCUAUGUCGCGUUCACUGACACCGAGCGUCUCAUCGGCGAUGCCGCGAAGAAUCAAGUCGCUAUGAACCCUAUCAACACCGUUUUCGAUGCUAAGCGCCUGAUUGGGAGGAGAUACAGCGAUCCCUCCGUGCAGAGUGACAUGAAGUUAUGGCCAUUCAAGGUGAUUGCUGGACCUGGUGACAAGCCUAUGAUAGUUGUGACAUACAAGGGCGAGGAGAAGCAGUUUUCUGCUGAGGAGAUCUCUUCCAUGGUCCUAACCAAGAUGAAGGAGAUUGCAGAGGCUUAUCUAGGAACCACGAUCAAGAAUGCAGUGGUCACAGUCCCUGCUUACUUCAAUGACUCCCAGCGCCAGGCCACAAAGGAUGCCGGAGUCAUCUCUGGCCUCAAUGUCAUGCGCAUCAUCAAUGAGCCUACCGCUGCCGCCAUUGCAUACGGUCUGGACAAGAAAUCAAGCAGCUCGGGCGAGAAGAACGUGCUCAUCUUUGAUCUCGGCGGUGGCACUUUCGAUGUUUCUCUUCUCACCAUUGAAGAGGGCAUCUUCGAGGUGAAGGCCACAGCCGGAGACACUCAUUUGGGAGGAGAAGAUUUUGAUAACAGGAUGGUCAACCACUUUGUUCAGGAGUUCAAGAGGAAGAACAAGAAGGAUAUCAGUGGGAACCCUCGGGCACUGAGGAGGCUGAGAACUGCCUGCGAGAGGGCGAAGAGGACGCUUUCUUCCACCGCUCAGACCACCAUUGAAAUCGAUUCCUUGUUCGAGGGCAUUGAUUUCUACACCACCAUUACCAGGGCGAGGUUCGAGGAGCUGAACAUGGAUCUGUUCAGGAAGUGCAUGGAGCCCGUGGAGAAGUGUCUCAGAGACGCCAAGAUGGAUAAGAGCAGCGUCCACGAUGUUGUUCUUGUUGGGGGAUCUACCAGGAUCCCUAAAGUUCAACAAUUGUUGCAGGAUUUCUUCAAUGGCAAAGAGCUCUGCAAGAGCAUCAACCCUGAUGAAGCCGUCGCCUACGGUGCAGCUGUCCAGGCUGCCAUUCUCACCGGAGAAGGCAACCAGAAGGUCCAGGACUUGCUUCUGUUGGACGUCACUCCUCUGUCUCUCGGCCUGGAGACUGCCGGCGGCGUUAUGACGGUGUUGAUCCCAAGGAACACCACCAUUCCCACCAAGAAAGAGCAAAUCUUCUCCACUUACUCCGACAACCAGCCCGGCGUCCUGAUCCAGGUCUACGAGGGUGAGAGGACCAGGACCAAGGAUAACAAUCUGCUGGGCAAAUUCGAGCUCUCCGGAAUCCCACCGGCCCCAAGGGGAGUCCCUCAGAUCACCGUCUGCUUCGACAUCGACGCCAAUGGCAUCCUCAACGUGUCUGCAGAGGACAAGACGACUGGCCAGAAGAACAAGAUCACCAUCACCAACGACAAAGGGCGGCUGUCGAAGGAGGAGAUUGAGAGGAUGGUGCAGGAGGCGGAGAAGUACAAGUCCGAGGACGAGGAGCACAAGAAGAAAGUGGACGCCAAGAACGCCUUGGAGAACUACGCUUACAACAUGAGGAACACGAUCAAGGACGAGAAGAUCGGCGGGAAGCUUGCCCCGGCGGAGAAGAAGAAGAUUGAGGACGCCGUGGAGGAAGCCAUCAGGUGGCUGGACGGCAACCAGCUGGCGGAGGCGGAGGAGUUCGAAGACAAGAUGAAGGAGCUGGAGGGACUCUGCAAUCCCAUCAUAGCCAAGAUGUACCAGGGCGGCGGAGGAAUGGGUGCUGCCAUGGAUGACGAUGGUGCUCCGGCUUCCGGCGGCGGUGCGGGUCCCAAGAUUGAAGAAGUUGAUUAAAUAUCAUGGAUAAUUGCUUCUUUUUUGCUUUCUCUGCUUACGUCAUGGUCAUUGUCUGUUAAGUGGUGAAUUCUGGUGUUAAAAAUGGUGUCUAGACUUCUAUGUAAUUUUGGUUCUGUUUUCUCCCGUUUUAAUAACAUCUUUUCCUUUGU